UUUGUGAAACAUCCACUUGCACUGAAGUCUCGAUCAACAAUAGGAUUUACAUACCGUAGUCCCAUCUAGUGUUCACUCAAGUCUCAUGAUACACAACUGCUCCAGCUGGAACUACGGGCAUGCCGCACAGGUUGACACGACUUUCCACCCAAAAUUCCCUUGCUCCUACGAAAAACAUACAUCAUCUACCUGAUGAAGUUCUUUUCAUCAUUCUCGAGUUCGUCGACGUGCUGGAUGUGGUGGUUCUGUACAAGGUGUCAAAAUUAUUCCACAGGCUUUUGCACGAUGAGUGGUAUUGGAGAACAUCAUAUAAAAGAAGGCGCAUACCCCGUCCCCCUGGACCGUUUGAAGGACAGUCAACAACCUACCUUCGUGAAAUCCUCGUACGAAGCGCCAGAGUACAGCACAACUGGCCGCCAUUCGCACGGUCGCCAAAUCCGACUUCUCGAGUUACAUUACAAUCUGCGAAGCAGAAUCUCAGCAUUAUCCAAGGACGAUGGCUUAUCACAGGGGAUUCUCCUCUUCUAUUGUGCUAUGACACUUGUAGCAGCGACCCUGAUUGGGAUACCUCUCCCCAGGUAUUCUACCAGCCACACCUGCAAGCGAAUUUCUUUCGCUGUGUUUCGGUGACCGCGGAAGACGGACAAGAGCUGAUUUUCGCUGUCAGUGAUACGCAGGUUGGAACUGUUCGGCGCAAACUCAAUCUAUUUACAAUCGAGAUAGUUCCUGGCUAUGGACCAUUUAUCUCUGGUCAUGUGUUCACGCUCGAUCUGCAGCCUCGUUACUCAGGAGUGUGGACUGUCACUACAGGUCCUCGCCUUCUAGUCAUUUCUGCCAAGGGUCCUGAGCAGGAAGACCCUCCCGUCAUUGUGGAUGUCAAGACAUUCCAGAGAUUUCAUGCCGUAAUACCUCCGCUUCCUCGAGGUCACCUUGGGAUGUUCACAUCUUUCAUCUCUACUUCAUCGCAUUUACUCGUGGCACGCCUCCUCAAUGGAUCGGAGACCUUGCUGCAAGUAUUUCCCAUUUCCCAGACACAAUCAGAGUGGAGCACUGAUGACGUGCGAGUGUUGUAUCCCUCACAUGUCAUGAGAACUCCUGAGCUUAGAUUUCGUACGUGGCAUGUCUUAAGAGGUCCCAAGUACGAGACCUUGACAGCCGGGAUACGCAUCGCCCUCAUGUUGAGUGUCUUCGCGCCAACUUCGGUCGACGUGGCGUCUCUCGAUAUUGUUGAUCUCCUGCUGGACGCUGGAGGGAGCAUAUCAUUCACUUCAGAGAUGCUGUGGGCUUUGCCACGCGAUGCCACAGUGCUCGCAGAUUCCUCACAUGACGGCUGCAUUCGGGGGUUAAUAUGCAGCAGGAACGAGAGGCAGUCGAUGCCGUUCAUGAUUGACGACCAGGACAAAAACAGCACAGGCUAUGGGCUGUUCAUGAGCGACAACAACGACCGCCUGUCUUCCAGGCCAGACCCAGUUUUAUUCGAUGGGUACAGAGGUGUUUUGUGUUCAGUGGUGGUGACGGAGAGGAGACGUAGUUUCAUUGAAGUUAUGCGUUUCGGUUAAAUUGAGGCCUAUGUUACUAGAAUUUCAUGUUUAUAUCAUAUACACCGAUCCAUGAAGGGACAGCCAUAUCGAAUCCUGGCCCUUCUACUUACUGUGGGCGUGGUGGGAAGAGUACACACGAUGAAUCCUAACAGAACUUCGUUACGAAG